ACAAUUGAACUAUUAUUACAGAUUUCUUAAAAAAUAUUUUAUCAUGGAAAUUAUUCAAAGUUGUAGCACAUUUAAAUUUCAACGCUUAUAUGGUGAAUUCAAUAUUUCCUGUCACUGAUACUGCAAGUAGAAGAACACCUGAUCAUUUUAAUAUCAAAAUAUAUAUUACUAAUUCUGUAUCGGAUGUAGUAAUGAGUUAUGCAGCAAGUUUGUUUCUCUAUAUUUUAGUAGAAAGACCGUUCAAACUUUUAAUUAAUCAGAUAUUUAUUUCAAAACCAAAAGUAAUUCAAAGGUAUCGUCUUAACAUGAGGAAAAUGAAUUAUAUUUAUCCUUUUGCCGUAACACACAACAAAACACUAAAAGGAGGGGGUACCGAGGUGUGUAGUGUGUACAAAGAUGAUGAUGAGUCUACUCAUCUUGGUAUUCACGCACGUUUGAUCAUACAGCAGUUACCGUGCUCGGCUUACACUCCGGAUUAGAUGUGGGUGUCAAAGGCCGUUGUUAUAGGAAGAGAACAAGGGUAACACCCAAGCACGUAGCCAGAAAAUGUUUAUUGGAGGAGCCAACAAUUUUUGGGCCCUUGUAUCAUUUUCCAUAAUUUGUUUCCCAUUAAAAGCUUGUGGGGGAGGGGCUCCCUCCACUCCUCCUUAGACAGUAUCCUAUUCUAUGAAUCUUACAAGUUCAAAAUUUGUGUUUAUUUUUAAAAAAUUGGUGGAUUAAUCCAAAAGUUACAUGAUCUUCUAUUUCCUUAUUAAUAUCCUGAUUAAGAUAAAGAAUGAAAAAGGGAUUAUUAAAAAAUAUUAUUUCUCAUAAAAAAAAUUGUGCUGAUCCAUACAUUUUUCAAAAAUUUAUAUCAUUAUAAGGUUAAAAAUGUAAAAUACAAAAUCGAGAAUUUUUACACAAAAAUAGCAUUCGGUAACCAUUUUCACCGUGAAGACAAAAUAAAGUCCGACAUUUUUUUAAAUAAAAUAUUAUAUUACAUUAGCUUUAAUUUAAGAUAUAGAUAAAAGUGUCAGACUCUCCGGAACAUUUUAAAAUGUUAAGUUGAAAUAGUUAAUUUUUUGUGAAAAAGUUGUCAUUUUAAAUCCCCGCUGUUGG